CACAGCUGUUGUUGCUUUAGCUUCACACGUAAAACAUAUGGUGUCUAGCAGAAUAUGGACGUUAGCCGAGCUUUUUGUUUUCCUGUGAAAGUUUGUUUGAGUUCCAGCAGUUGUCAUCCAUCUGAGUCUCUGUAUGUCAGGAUUGACCUGUCUGAAGGGACUGUGUGCUCUUAACAUUCACGGUAGCCUACAAAGCUAAUAAAGUUAGCUUAGCCUGCUAGAAAUAACAGUGUUUUCACGGCCUGUGUGUGGAGGAAAAGUUGCUGUGAGUUAGUAAACAUGUGCAAAGUCCGAAUACUGAGAGAGUUGGUGAAGCAGCGACUCACUGCGGCUGCUGAAGAGAUAUGUGUUCUGUUUGAAAGAACGAUAGCAGAGUACGAGGAGGAACUGUCUCGUGCGAAAGGAGAGAACGAGCGACAACGGAAACUCCUGCACGCUCACGCUGCGUUUCAGCCUCAGCUUCGGUUACAUAGAGCAGAUGUCCAGCAGCUGUUGGUGGUUAAAGAAAACGUUCCCCCUGAGCAGGAGUGGAGCUCUACCAUGGAUCAGGAAGACCAACAGACCCCCACAAACAUUAAAGAGGAACAGGAGGAACUCUGGAGUAGUCAGGAGGGAGAGCAGCUUCAAGUGCUGGAGGAGGCUGAUAUAACAUUGACUCUUGCCCCUGUGAAAAGUGAAGAUGAUGAAGAGAAACCUCAAUCCUCAGAUCUUAAUCAAAGACCAACUGAUCAAAUAACAACAGAAGCUGAUGGAGAAGACUGUGGAGAACCAGAACCAGCCAGCAACUUGGAUCCAGACAGACAUUUACAAUCCGAUACUGAGGACAACACUGGAGACUCUUCUGAAUCUGACACUGAAGACAGUGCUGAUUGGAAUGAGACCAGAAAAUCUCAGUCGGGUUCAAACUCUCUGAAAAAAGAUCGAGGUUCUGUCAAUGACUCAAGAAGUAGUGCUGUAGAGAAAAAAUUUCUCUGCUCUGAGUGUGGGAAAAGAUUUGGCCACAGGACAAAUCUGAGGACACACAUGAUGACUCAUACGGGAGAGAAACCAUUCAGUUGCUUAGUUUGUAAAAAAUCUUUUACAGUGAGUUACAGGUUACAACACCACAUGAGAAUCCACACGGGAGAGAAACCUUACAGCUGCUUAGUUUGUAAGAAAACUUUUAGACUAAAUGGUAAUUUAUACACACACAUGAAAGUCCACAAAGCUAAUGAUCAAGCCUCUGUCAGUGGUUCAAAGGGUAGUGCUGUUGAGCAGCCAUUUGCGUGUGUCGUGUGUAGGAAAAGAUUUAGCAGCAAGAAAAGCAUGAACAGACACUCGCUGACUCACACAGGUGAAAAGGCAUUCAGCUGCUCAGUUUGUGACAAAGGUUUUUCACAAAAAGGAGAUUUGAAUAUUCACGUGAAAACUCACACAGGAGAGAAGCCUUUCAGCUGCUCAGUUUGUAACAAAAACUUUUUGCGAAAGGGACACCUAAAACGACAUGCGAUGACUCAUACUGGAGAAACACCAUUCAGCUGCACAGUCUGCGAGAAAUCCUUUACACGGAGUGAUUAUUUAAAGGAACACAUGAAUACCCACACGGGAGAAAAACCAUUCAGCUGUUCAGUGUGUAGGACAUCUUUCAAGCUGAGUAGUAAUCUAAAAAAACACGCAAGAAUCCACACAGGAAAGAAACCCUUCAGUUGCUCUGUUUGUAAGAAAUCUUUUAUAUUAGGUGAUCUUUUAAAAAGACACAUGAGAACUCACACAGGGGAGAAACCAUUCAAAUGCUGUGUUUGUAAUAAAACAUUUGCCUGGGCUCAUCAGGUCAAAAAACAUAAAUGUAAGGGUCCUCAAUCCUCACAGCUUAAUCAGACUUUAACUGAGGAGGAAAGAGAGGCAGAGCCAGUUUCUGGAGACACUUCAGGGGUUCCCACGGCCAUGGGAGACUUGGAAAAUCUUGGAAAUAGUCCUUGAGUGCCCUCCUCAAAUCAAACUACUUGAAUCAGCAACUGGUUACAUGGUGAUAUCUGUGUCCGGCUGAUUAAUCCUUUUAUCGCUAUUCUGUUUCACUUUCAUGUAUGAGCACCAUGGGUAACACUCCCAAUUUAGAAGAAAAGAUAUCUGUAAAUAAUAUGAUCUUGUAUAAAUGAUGCUUCCAUAUUUUAUGUGCGGUAAGUCCUGUAAAUAUUGCGUCUGUACGUGGAGUGCAGCCUGUUUCAAUCAGGAGCACCACACAAAGUUGGCCUGGAUUUUAUUUUUCUCCCUGUGGGUAAUAUUUGUAUUCCCCCGCUCUUUUAACACUAGAACCGCCAACGGGUGUUUCUUGAUUGUCUGUAACUUUGUUUCAAAAAAAUAUUCAAGUCUCCCAGUCCGUGACUUUUCCUGAAAGUGUGCUAUGUAACACCCUCUGCUUUUAACAAUUGUCAAUAUCAAGACAUAUCGAAAGAAAUGGCUAUUUAUACCUAUCACCUCUAGCAGGUAAUAUUUACCUCGAUAGAAAAUGCAGUGGUUUUCGCGCUAUUUAUUUCGCGCGUAAUGAUAAACAUGAGGUGUUGCUAUAGCAACGCAUAUUGUGUGCUGCUGUUCCUUAUAGAGCCGGUUAUAUUUUGAAGGCAGACUUUUAAAAUGGACAAAAGAAAGAGACUGAUGAAUGUACAGGAGGCAUUAGCACUGCUAAACCGUCUGAGUGAGGAUGAGUCUGAUGGUGGGGAGGCGUCAGGACUGAGUGAUGUGUCCUGGGUUUGUUCUGCUGCUGACGGGUGACAGCGAUCCAGAGCCUCCGCGGAAAGUGAAGCCGUCCAAAUGCCUGGGUGCUUUUUUUCUUAAAUAAGGAUGAUCUAUUGACUACGAUGGUAGUUGGAAUUACUGAAGUGGAUAUGAACAUAAUCAGAGAUUAAAAUGGUUGCUCUAUCAUUUUCAGACAUUAAUUAAUAUUAGAGUAUACUGAAAUAUAUAUUGCUGUCAGUUGAGUUUACAUACAGUUUAGAAAUGUUAAUGUAAAUUGUAUUAUAGGUCCUUUUAAAAGCCAUGGAAAGGUAAGGAGAACUUCUGUCGGAUUUAAAAUAUCUGAAAAAUUAUGAAGUCAAUGUCAGUUCAAAACAAUGCUGGGGAGAAACCAUUUAGCUGUGUGGUGUAUUAAAUCUGUUCAUAUACAGUUAGUUACUCUCUGAGGUCAUAGAGAGGGCAGAGAGUGAUGUGGUACAACAGGAUGUUGUAGAACAAACCUCUGGACUAUGUCAGAAGGCCUCCAGGGAUGAGUAAGAAAAAGACCAACGUAUAUCUCACCUUAUUUGGGUACGCGCAAGACAUGGUGUACGAACGUAUAGCUAGAUCACCUUAUUUGGGUACACAUUCUUAUAGAACAUUGCAUUUGGUCACACACCCACAUUUCUCCUAUAAAAUGCACAAAGACUGUUCGGGGGACUUCCACAAUUGGCUCUGGGAACCCCGCAUCGCCCGUGUUGGUGUCUGAUACUAUGCUGUUGUAAUAAACCUUAUUAUUUACAA